AAAAUAAUUCAGAUCGACUUCAACCCUAAAGAUUCUUUUCUGCCUUCUCUCAAUUUUAAUCUCCCAUCUUCUUUUCAAUCUCUUUCCUUCCGACCCCAUUUGAACACUUCUUGUCAUAAAAGUGGUUUAAAAGAGGUCUUCUCUCAUUCGAAUACCUAUCUCUUCCAGAGAAAACAAAAACAAAAUAAUAACUAACCAUUGGUUUUUGUUUGGAACUGGCAACCAGAAGAUUUCCGGCCGUACAGCAACUGUAAUACAUUGUCAAACUCUGGGAACACUGGCAGUUUGACACCAUUGCUGACUGGUUCUUCCUGGAUUGAAUACUAAAAGGUCUUUCUCAUAGGAUUGAUCUCCCGGUAUAUCUACUAUCUUUGAAAGGUGCGUGGUGGAUCUUGAUACUUUCAUAAUAAUUAUUUUUGUGCGGCUUUACAUCCGCGCAAUUGCAGAUCAGGCAACUCGAAGAAGCUGCGUUCCAUGCCAUAUUGAUUCACAAAUGGCUCAGAUUAUGUUGGAAUAAUAUAGCUAACAUACCAUUAUAGAAUCAUAGUUUCCACUCAGCCGUUCGAGCUCAAUUUCGCGUCGCCGCCAGCACUACCUGUGUCAUCAAACAAAAAUCCCGUUUCGUUCCACACGACUUACUGCCUACGAUUCAUAAACACCGGAACUUGUUGACUAUCUGUCCUUGAUCUGCCCUCUCAUUCUCAAGUCAUUUCUUGGACAUCGGUAUUUUGCGAAACUCGCGCCACAAGAUACUCCCUCAUAUCACGCAAAUACGUCUCAUAUCUAUUUCAAACGAAGUUUCCGCAGCGACCUUUCCAGAUCUCGAUUCCUCCGUCUCCACCAAAUCGGUUCAAUUUUUUCUAGACGUUGAUAUUUGAUCAGCGCAUUCGGAUAGCAAGUGCGGAGAGGUCGAGUAAACCUCUCCGGACGUCCAAUACUGAGGGUGAAUUUUUAGUCGCCUUUGCAUCAACUUCAAGCAUUAAAAGUACCUAUUCGCAAGAAUUGGACUUGCUUGAUUGAGUGAAGAAGUCAUAUCUUUUGUGAUACAAGUCACAAUGGCAUCGGCAACAUCGAAAUCUGAGAGCACCCCUACCCCGCCUACAUUCUCAUACGCGAUGGCCGCAAAAGGUCGCGCAACUUCAACUGCAAACUCAGCCAUGCAGUCAAGCCAGGCAUCGGCUUCUGGUGUCAGCACACCGGCUAAAGAAUCGAAUUCCGUAUCGAAUACACCUUCAGCGUCUGUCACUGGGGCAGCUGGAUCUGAAAACGGUGAUAGAAAUAUCAAUGGCGCCACGGAAGCUCUGGGUAAAAGUGAUCCGCUUGGAGUCGGAUCAAACACGGACGCGAAACUAACAUCGCAAGUAAGCACGGGUUCUAUUUCGGAUUCACCAAAUGCAAAUGCAACGAUACCAAAGGAGGAGGAGCUCGCUUUAAAUGGAACUGCGGAUGCGUCUGAACAAGGGUGGGAGAAAGCCGGACGAAAUAGAGAAGAUAAGCCUUCUAUGGAGGCGAGUGAGGGGAGAAAACCUAAGAAGUCCAAGAAGCAAAAGAAGGACGACAAGGAGGCGGAAAAGGAGAAAGAGAAAGAAAAGGAGGAAGUAAAGGUACCAGACGUCCCCUUGGUUCCAGCUCCACCUCCAGCUGUGAACUUCUGGGAGCAGCGAAAAGAGGCACAGGCUGCAAAGACAAAGUCGAGUCCUUCAAUACCUCAAACAGCAAACGCAUUCGGCGAAAACUCUACCUCCAAUUCCACUACAAAAGCUUUCGACCCUAGACGAAAGGGAAAGAGUUCAGUUGAAGAUGAGAAGGCACCACAGGUCGGCAAGGACAAUGCCUUGAACAAGGGUCAAAAGAAAGGUCCAGAUGGUCUGAUCAAGGGGAAAGAGGAUCUAAAUAAGCGACCGGCAAGAGGCAGUAGAGUCGGUGAAGAAAAGGACAAGACUGCCUCCGGUCCAUUACCUCCUCCAGUUGAGGAUUCUAUGGCGUGGCCAACACCAGAAACCGCGCUUGAAGAAGAGAAGCGUAAGCUCCAGGAGGAAGAUAAAGUCAAGAAGGACGAGAAGGACGAGAAUUCCUCCAACAAGCCAAGGACGAAGGAGAAGUGGGUCCCGGUGCCGUACACUCCAUCAGUCACAUUCAAUACUCCAUUACCAGUUCGAGGCGGACGAGGACGAGGUGGUGCUCGUGUGGGCCGUGAGGGUGGACGGACUAGUCAUGUAGCAAAUGGUGUUACUGGAGAAAAAUUGACAGGAAGUACUGCUAAGCCUGCCGAGUCUGGUGAAAUAGCUGAAAAGCGCGGAGUCCGAUCAUCAUCUCUUCCGCCAAACUCCUCCAGGAGACCUGCAAACGAGGAAGAUGCCAGUCGUGACCCACGCAAGCAUAUGACCACCUCCAAUGCAGAGAAAGCAAAGGCGGGUGCUAGUAAGAAUGAGCCUGUAUCGCCGACUGAUACUGGAAGAACUCCUAUCGCUACCCAGACGGACAAAGAUAGCCAGACCGUUCAGAAAGGACAGGGUGUUAGCGAAGGACAGUUUCCAAGCAAAUCUGGCUUUGGUGACCGCAGAAACGACGGUUCCGGAAGUUCCGACUUCAAGAAUGGAGCCAAGGAUCAGAGAGCUGAGGGUCGGGCGGAGCGAGGCCGCGGAGGAUAUCGUGGUCGAGGCACUCACAAUGCUUUCCCUAACGGUCAGCAUGUUUUCGCCAAUGGCCACAAUACCAUUCCACCUUAUCAAGGGCGUCAAAAUUCAACACCUUACAGUCCCCCUCCUCAAGGGCCAUUCAGCCACCAAUACACCCAAGCUCCUCCCCGUACUCGUGGAAGCUCGAGAUCACAAUCCAUACCAAACGUCGCCAUGUACCCAAGAGGUGGCUACGCGAACGGCAAUCAACAAAUAGCACCUCUACAGACUAUGUAUGACUAUGUACCCAUGCAAGCCAUGAGCGCUUUACCAUACACCUCUUUCACAGACUCCCAGUCUGUGACCCUUUUGUCAAUGGUCAAGAUGCAAUUGGAAUAUUACUUCUCGAUUGACAAUCUGUGCAAGGAUGUUUACUUAAGGAAACACAUGGACUCGCAAGGAUUUGUAUUCUUACACUUUGUGGCUGAGUUCAAACGAAUUCAGUCCCUUACGCGAGACAUUGAUAUGUUGAGAUACGCGUGUCAACAAUCCACGGAAAUUGAGAUUGUUAAGGGCGAGGAUGGUGUUGAUAGAAUACGAAGACGUGAUGGUUGGGAUCAAUGGGUGAUGCCAUCUGAGGAGAGAGAAGAGUCAAUGAAGCAUAAUGAUGGACCAUCUACCUUAAUUCGUGAUAACCAUGGACCACCAAGCCAUAUGGGUCAAAUAAUGAUGCCAGGUCAAGAGAUGGGCUCACCAGCGUUCAGUUCCGGUGGACAUGACUUUAUGAGAUUUGGGAAUGGAGCCGACCAAGCGCCUUUAGCCAAUGGUAAUGGCAACCACUAUCAUGAAGACACACCGCUAUCAGCUGCCGUACCUAACUUCACACCUGGUCUGUUGCCAUUAAAUGGAAGUACAGUCCCAUCGCCUGACCCUUUAGCGUCAGAAACCACAUUCACUGAUGAACAGGUUGAGAACCUAAAUUUGGUGUUUUCACAAGCUUCCCGAAAGACUAGUGACCAAAAAGCUGUCAAGCACCCAUACCACCACUCAUCAUCAAGAACCUUCUCCAAUGGGUCAAUUGAUGGUAGGUCAAUAAAUGAGGAAUUGUAUGAAGAGCGUCAAGGUCGACCCUUGGUCAAUGGGUCCCACCCACAAGAGAGGUAAAUUUGUGCUGCUUUGAAUUCCACGUUAAUCUACGGUUCUGACUUAUACCAUUCUAGCUCUAUAGAAGGUGAUCGACGGACACUUUCUCCUCAUUCAAGCUACAGCAAUGCCCCGACAGUCAUGUGGGUUAAGGAUCAAAGACGACAAGCAGCAAUAUCCGAAUCUAAUACCACUGAGAAAUAUACCACCUUCCGUGAAAGGGCAAUUAGAGUUCGGGAAAACACUCAGCCUGGUGAAACUCACACUGACAUGAAGUUACUUUACGAGUUCUGGGCGCACUUUCUGUGCAGAAAUUUCAACCCAGGCAUGUACUACGAAUUCCGCAGAUUGGCUCUUGAGGACAACAACAACAACGCAUCUACAGGAAUAGAACAGUUAAUACUUUAUUAUGAUGAAACCCUCAACAACAAGAAGAAGGCUAUCAACGAGGUCCUCGCCGGACACUAUGUAGAUGUUGUCAAGGGUGAUGAUUCCCCAACUCAACGAUCUGCAUUCGCAAAACUUCGUACUUCUUGGCGAAAUGGUGCUCUUGAUUUGAAGAGUCGAAAAAAGAUUGACAACCUACUUGAUGCUCAUUUGAAGGCAUUACUUGAGCAAUAAAUUUCCUUUACCUUUCCAAUAUACGCCUCGAUACCCACGUAGCUUUGGAGUCAUGCUCGGCCAUUGACUUGGAGGUUACAUACUUGGCUUGACAUCUACGUUCCCCCUUCACCUUUUACGACUCGGUCCGCCCUAUAUCUUCUCGCAUCGCUUCAACCAACGUGGCACGACUGUUCAUCGCUCCAAUCAUGCAACGUUGCCUUUCGCUCGUAUGACAUGUAGCGAUACAGAUAUUAUGAUCUGAGCAACUUAAGUUGACUGUAUUUCCGAGCUUUGAUCUGUGGUUUCUACGGCGUUUAUCAGGAGCUAUUAGAGGAUUGGAGAUCUCUGGGCAUCAACGACGACUUGAGUUAUGGAGCUCCAACCUUCUAUCUGGGCAGAGUGCUGGGUAGGUGGGUUUGACAAAUAAUAUGGCUUUUUCCCUCAUUCAUGUUUUGCUUUUACAUGUUCAUAUUCUGGCAUAGCCACGGCAUACUUUUAGUUCACCAUCGGACGUCUUCGAAGACAUGUUGUCAAUCGGUCAUAUUGCUUUUUCUAAGAAAAUAUUGGGUUUUGUGCGUGCGAUUAAUGGUUACAAAAAAUGGCUUUUACUUGUUUUUUGGGGGAAUUGAGGGAGGCGGAUGCGAAUUUCGCAAAAUACAAUGGUAUGUCGCAUCAUCCUCCUCCCAUGAAUGAUAGGAGUGGGUGGAAAUGCAUCAAUGUUACAUAAGAUAGAAAAAACCAAAUUUGCUGCAACCUUGUAUCAUAGAAAAUCUUAACAGCAAAACUAU